AUGCCCUCCACGCUGCCGCACCACCGAAGAACCCCCACCGGCACACCCGCCACAACCCCGUCGCCGAAGAAGGCAGCUUCACCGGCCACCACCCAGGCAGCACCCACGCUACGAAGGCAGAUCCGUGCCGGCCGCGACGAAGGCAGCUUCACCAGAUCCGUGUCGGUCGCGACGAAGGCAGCUUCACCGGCCGCCACCCAGGCGGCCCCACAGGAACCUACUCCCACAAAUAGUGUUACCCAAGCAGCUCAUACGGACACCUCGCCAGGGGCGCGGAGUUCUAGGCAAAGCAAUGACUUGAAUGAGUCAGCUGACCACUUUGAUGCUGCUACUUCAGAGGGUAAUGUGAAUGAAGGAGAACCAGAUGCUGACUUAAUUCCAGCGCCCAAAAAGAUUGUCCGCAAGAAAACCAUGGGUCAUGGUUUGGAGAAGAUGCUUAAUAGGGGAAAUCGGUUGGCUAUCCACGUCGCUGAAGGGAAGAAAAGGCCAGAGGUCCCAAUUCAAGCAGCGAAGCUAGCAUCAGAAACUGGUGUGGCCCUUAGAGACAAACUACCUAUCUACAAAUCAUGGAAGAGUUAUGAUAAUGAAGCAGGGCAGGCAGAAGUAGGAAAAGUGCUUGCUAGAGUUGCGUCAAGGUUGGAUGUCGAUACUAAAAAUGAGGGGCCAAGCAAAGAUGCCUGCACAGAUAUCAUAAAGUGGGGAGUGAGGCAGAUGAGGUAUAACCUGAAAAGGAAGUAUUUCGACGAGUCACUAACCAAAGAACAGUUGUUGGCCAUCCAACCUCCACCUAAAGUGAAGAAAGAGGAUUGGACCGAGCUGGUAGAGUAUUGGUGUGACCCAAAGAAUCAGGAAAACUCUGCCAAGAAUAAAGCAAACCGAGCCAAUGUACAGCUUCACCAAAGGACUGGAGCUAGGUCCUAUAUAGCCCAUCGUUACAGCCUGAGGACUAAGUACAACAACAUGGAGCCAGAUGCAGUUGAGUUCUUUGGGGAAUGUAUGAAUAGUCCCCGAAAUGGUCGCACUCCACUUGCAAAUGAAAUAUAUGAACGAAUGGUUGCAGAGAAGGAUAGAGAGCUAGAAGAAGGAGAAGCACAAAAGUCACCCUCCAAGAUUGUUGCUGAUAGUCUCAGCCAGAUCAGCCGCUCAAACACCUUCCUUCCAAACAUGGGUGUCCCAAAAACUUCCAAGACUGGUCGGUCCACAUCGAUGGCUGCACAAGCAUGCAUGCAAGCUCAGUUUGAGGAAAAACUCCAAGCUGAAAGAGAGGAAGCUGCUAGGAAGCAAGAAGAGUUGCAAGCACAACUUCAAGCUCAACAGGCUGCACUUGAAGAAAACAAAAGUUUGCUGCGUGAGACCCAAGAGGAAGUGAAGGGGAUGCAUAGCAAGUUUGAAGAGACCAAUGCGAUGCUACGAGCUCUCCUGAAACUUCAAAAAGAUUGA